CCAGGAUGGAGGCUCAUGUCCUACCCAUUGAGGGAGGAGAAGCAGCUUGAGGCAUCAUUAGAUGCACUGCUGAGUCAAGUGGCUGAUCUGAAGAACUCACUGGGGAGUUUCAUUUACAAGUUGGAGAACGAGUAUGACCGGCUGACCUGGCCUUCUGUCCUGGACAGCUUUGCUUUGCUCUCCGGACAGCUGAACACUUUGAACAAGGUCUUGAAGCAUGAAAAGACACCACUGUUCCGUAACCAGGUCAUCAUCCCUCUGGUGCUGUCCCCAGACCGCGAUGAAGAUCUUAUGCGGCAGACUGAAGGACGAGUGCCUGUUUUCAGCCAUGAGGUGGUCCCUGACCAUCUGAGAACCAAGCCCGACCCUGAGGUCGAAGAACAAGAAAAGCAGCUAACCACAGAUGCGGCCCGCAUUGGUGCUGAUGCAGCUCAGAAGCAGAUCCAGAGCUUAAAUAAAAUGUGCUCAAACCUUCUGGAGAAAAUCAGCAAAGAGGAACGGGAAUCGGAGAGUGGAGGUCUCCGGCCAAACAAGCAGACCUUUAACCCUGCAGACACCAGUGCUUUAGUAGCUGCCGUGGCCUUUGGGAAGGGGCUGUCUAACUGGAGACCUUCAGGCAGCAGUGGUCCUGGCCAGCCAGGCCAGCCCGGAGCUGGGACCAUCCUUGCCGGAGCCUCAGGACUGCAGCAGGUGCAGAUGGCAGGAGCUCCAAGCCAGCAGCAGCCGCUGCUCAGUGGCGUACAGAUGGCUCAAGCAGGUCAAACAGGGAAAAUGCCAAGUGGAAUAAAAACCAACAUCAAGUCAGCUUCAAUGCAUCCCUACCAGCGGUGAGUGUGGCCGGCAACCUCCACUCCCCGGAGCCCCUUGCAGAGCUGGGCGGUGAAAUUGCCUUCUUCCCUAAGCUGAACUAGAUGGGUACAAUAAAGAGAACAUGGGCUUUUGGCACCAGACAGAUCCCAGCUCCACCACUGACUGACUGAGUGACCUUGGGCAAGUGACUUAAUUUUUCUCAGCCUGUUUUCUUGUUUGUAAAUGGCAAUGAUACCUACCUCAUAGGGAUGUUGUAAGGAUUAAAAAGAGAAAUGAAUGUAAAAUACUUAGUACAGUCUGUGAAAUGACGGGUAUUCAAUAAAUGAUAGUUUCUACA